UGAGCGAAGACGUCACCGCCGCCUGGAAUGAAAACGAGAGACAGACAGACGAUGGAAGACCUGCGAAGAGAGGCUGUCUAGUGCUGUCCUCGGCUAACCUGAGCGAUCGUGUCAGUGGAGCUGGAUCCAUGCACAUCUCUAUCGGAAAGCAAGCUCGGCUAGCUUUAGGUGGCUUUCGUCGAUUUGGCAGUGAUGGAGGACGACUGUGUGUGCGAGUACGACUCGACGUGGGACACCGAGAGUGAUGGAGAGGAGGCGGCCGGAGAUGGUCAACCUCGUCGCUCGAGGACUCUUGUAUCGCGGCAUCACCCGCCCAGGAACAUGAGGGCAGCAAAGGACAUGCAGAACUACAGAAGAGGAUACCCUAAUCUUGCAGAUGACGAGUGCCCGGAGGACAAAAUGAACAACUUGCAGUUCUACCUCAAUAAAUUCCCCUCUGCACCGGAUGAGGUCUACAUUGAAUCCUUUCUCAAAGAGUGGAAAAAUGACUACAAAAGGUUGGAGAGAGUCCACUCGUACAUUCAGUGGCUGUUCCCUCUCCGGGAACCAGGGGUCAACUACAUGGCUUCGGAACUCACCAAGAAGGAGAUUGAGGCCUUCAAGAGAAAUGAGGAUGCCAAAAGGAGAUUUGUGGAGUCCUAUGAACUCAUGUUGGGCUUCUACGGCAUCCGCCUGGUUAACAAAGACAUUGGUGAAGUGACACGAGCAGAGAAUUGGAAAGAGCGCUUCGGGAACCUUGAGCGAAACAUGCACAACAACCUGCGCAUCACACGCAUCCUGAAGAGCUUGGGAGAGCUCGGCUAUGAGCACUACCAGUCCCCGCUGGUGCACUUCUUUCUCGAAGAGACUUUGGUCAAAAAGAACCUCAGUAGUGUUAAACGCAGCGUACUCGACUAUUUCCUGUUUGCCGUUCUGGACAAACAAAAGCGCCAGGAGCUUGUGCGCUUCGCCUACCUUCACUUUGAGCCAAAGGAUAAAUUUGUGUGGUGUCCCAGAAAGAUUCAGAAACAAUUCCGGAAGGCCGAGAAACGACCCGAAGCCGUCGGAAACGGAGACGGCAAGGAUGACAUCUGCUCGAGGGCUAAAAUCAAAGAUGGUGAAAAAGGGGUUCACCUCAAAGAGGAGGAAGCGGAUAAUGCCGGCAAGGCCCAGAAACAGACGGAAACAAAUCGAGACAAACUCAAUCAGACCGAGAUGCCCCCUCACCUAAAAGAAGAUCAAAUGACGAUCAGAAACGGGAAUUCCGAGUCCAACGACAACACUUUAGGCAACGGUACUGACUCAAUGAAUGAAACGGAUGAAAUGGAUCAGUCGCCCGACACCGCCAGCGUCAAAACAGAGCCCGGUGCCGACAUCGAGUUCAAAGCUACAAACAGCUCACUGGAGGCCGGACAGGAACCAGACAACGUCAUGCAAACAGACCAAGACUCAAACACGGAGAAACCACCGAAGAAGAAAAGAGAAGAUAACUCGCUAAUGCAGAGCAAUGGUUCCGCCCCAGACGCCAGCGCCGGCCAGGCAGAGGGAAAGAGUGCGGGUGACGGCGCCCUCAGCCAAAUGAGCUCGCCUGCUCAUACGCCGCUUAAGACUGCAAAACACUCACCUUGCCUCUCAUCAGGCAGGGAAGAAAAAAUCCCAAGGACUGAUUUUACUCAAGUGCCAGACAAAGAGGACAAAGGGCUGCACGCAAACGGGAGUGCCCGUCAACCCAGGGAUGAACUGACAACUGAGAAGAAAGUGGAGGAUGUCGACAUGGAGUCCAACCCUUCGAGUUUAGAUCCAGAUGUGGCUAACACAUGAAUAGUUCCUCGUACUUUAAGCCCAACUGUCCGGUGAAUUUGAGUCUGAUUGAUCGUAAGGAAGGGCCAAGAUUGUCCAGUGUUGAGCGAAAGCGCUACGACCGCAGUCACUGUAUAUUUGGAAAUUGAUGUACUGUAAACUCGAGGCUGCGUUCACACUUGCCAUCGCAACGGUCCUAUGUCACAAUACUUCUUGGAAGCAUUUUGUGAUGUGAUAAAUGUGUUUAACCUCGCAAACUGAAAAUCACGAAUGAGUUCAGUAAAUCCUUUUUUUUUUUUUGUUCUGAGGAUGGAGAAAUGCCUGCAUGAACACCAGCAAAGUGGUAGAAAUAUGUGAGCAUCAGCAUGUCAUUUUUUUUUUUCCCCAAACUUUAUACUGGACCAGGAUACGGGACUGCAAGUGUGAACGCAGCUAAAGUCGAGUCGGCCCAAGUACAGAAAGCCUCACUUUUUGUUAAAAUGCAUUGCAUGAAUGACAUUUUCAUUUAUUAUUUUUUUCUUAUUAUUUGGUAAACAGACACUUUGAAAUCAUAGCUGGUUUUUCACCACUUAAAUGUGCAGCGUCUUUAUUUCUUAAUUAUAAAAAAUGCUUUUCCUAAUAUUGGACUGAUGCAAAUAAAAUCUAAUAAAAUACAAAAAGAUUUGCCACACUUACCCCUACCUACAAAAUAAAAAUUCUCUCUUUGGAAUUAUCACCAUGCUAAUAGAAACAAUCAUUUGAAAACCCUUAAUAUUUAUUUUGGAGUCUAUAAAAGCACUGCAGCAUUCAGGUUGGUCAAAUCUGAUUUUGGCACAAUAAAGCCGCAAAAUACAGUGGAGCUGUAUAAAAACAUUCAGGCCAACUCGCUCGGAAGGUGCCAUCUUGCUACCUAUUUUGCACGUGGACCUAAUGAGUCCAGCAAAUUAAACGUGCGUAACAAGUAAAUUGAAGCAUACAUUUGAAAAGAAUGAAGUUACGAAAGUAAAAUGAAUCACAACAUUAAAAUACGUUCAUUCCAUUUCUUGAUAGACUAUAUAAUUAAGCUUUUCUGUUUUAUUGUCAUAUCGUUCUACAAGAUGUUUUUGCACUGAAUUUGGAAGUGUUGUGUUUCCCUUUGCAGGCUGUUUUUGUGUUGACGCUGAACUCAACAAUUUCUUCGAGUUAUUGUCACCAAUGUUAUCCUUCGGUAAUAUUGUUUGCAUUCACUCUUGUGGGAAUUGGACAACAGAAAACCUCGCCAAAAAUGUGACAGACUGUUUGAUUGUAUUAGAAAAUAUAUGUUUGCCUUUGCGUCAGAAGUGGUCAAUCUUAGCUCAAAUCUGUAUUUUGAUUCUUGGUAUUUUGGAAUCUGUUUGCCAGGGUGCUUGUAUUUUUGCCCCUCAACUCUUGCACUUCAUUGUGAAUAGGAUUGAUUUAAAACAUUAACAAAAUACAGCUUGAGUUCUUUUUAUGUCACUUUUCCUCCAACUGUUUAAGAGCUGAAUAAAGAUAUUUUCUGACACAUUGA